AUGUUUCUGAGCAAAACGAAAGCAGCAGAAAAAUGGCUGGAUGCCCAGUGCGACGGAACGGCUGCCCUGCACACUCUACCGUCGUGCAUGUCCCUGUGCGAUCUCAAAAACGACAACUACUACCAGCUGAUAAUCGUUGACGUUCCGUUGUUCGACUUUGAGUCCAAACCGAAACUUAAAGUCUACAAAGGAACCAACCUAACCAGCGAACAAAACCUACCAGGAAUCCCUUCCGCCGUAGAGAGUCUUUAUAUCAACGAACAGGAACCGAAAAUCCCGAUUAUUGCGGUGGCCAUUGCUUCAUCUGUCCUAUUUUACCGAAACAUGAAACCAUACUACAAGUACACCAUCCCGGGAAUGACCAUCGAACCAUUGGAAGUCGACGUGUGGAAUAAACUCCCGCUUGAGCGACCCGAAAACUUGGAUAAACUGAUCGAAAGCCUACGCAAUCUAAGCCUCUCCCAACUGACCGAGCAAUCACAGGAACUACUGUCACUACCGGAGGACAAACGAGCGGCCUUUAUCGCCGACAACACCGACCGUCAGCUGGAGCGUUUUUCCGUCAUCACCGCAAUGACGUCGAUCAAAAAAGCCGUUAGUGAAAGCAAAUCGGCAUCCUGUUUGGUCCUGGCAACGGAAGCCGGCGAUAUUCUGUUUCUAGACACGCAAGCUUUCGUACUGCUGCACCUGGCGCGUGCUUGCUCAUUCCAGGGUACUCCUAGUAUGAUCUCCGGAAGCGGUCAGUACGACAUCGAUUUUCGGCUUGUCAUAUCGACCCGAGAGGGCUCGCUCUGUCUGCUGCGCAAAGGUUGGCUGGUUGGUCAGCACAUUGUCAAACUGGACCAUCCGGCGGCCGGUUUAGCACUGCUGCCGAUCGAUCAGACGAUCGUCGUAGUCUGUAUGAACAAUCAACUGCUCUGCUACUCGAAGAAGGGUAAAAAACUUUGGUCGGUAACGCUGCCCCAACCGGCGGUUUGCAUGACUCCGGUUUGUUUACCACAUCUGGGUAUCAAUCUGGUUUGCGUUGCUCUACGAGGAGGUCUGGUGCAGUUUUACUGUCAGAAGAAACUGGUCGAUCAGUUUUAUGCUCCGGAGACCGUCUCGGCACUGACCUUCGGCAGACUCGGUCAGGAGGAGCACGUACUGAUACUGGUCACUUCCGAUGGUUCACUGAUUGUGAAGAUCCUCAAGCGCACGGCUGAGUUUCCGACUACGGAGAAUAUCUACGAAAUCAAAACGGCCAGCGAGGAAGCCUCUGGUAACUUACAGAUACCAAAGAAGACGAAGAUUUUUGUCGAGCAAACCCUACGGGAAAAAGAUCACGCAGCAGCGAUUCACAGUUCGUUCCAGUCGGAACUAUGGAGAAUGCGAUUGACGGCUGCUCGCACAACGGUUGACGUCAUCAAUUCAGCUGACAGCAAUAUGUCCGGCGAUCUAGGAAUGGCAGCCAUCAAGAUGGCUGCUGAAGUUCUAGGUUUGGGACCAGUUUUCAAGCUGUUUCUGAUGGUGGAGAAUAUUUCCAACCGUAAGGAAGCCAGUGGCUUAAACAUGCUGAUCCAAGCAGAUCACCGGCACUAUCAGGUGGAACGGCCGUAUCUGCAGCUACCGAUGUUGGUACCUGGAGCUCCGCUGAAGCUGGAUUUCAAAGUAACGGCCGUAACGGACCCUAGCGAUGGGUUGGCACCGAUUGAUUUAACUCCGGAAAACGCCUUCAUCCGGGUGCUGGUAUUCAAGACGGGACAUUCAAAGCCGCUGAUUGCUUCGACCGUAGUGAUGCCACAACCGGAACCACAGAUUUUGACUACGUUUUAG